UCUACACUUGAAGUCUCAACUAUAUGACAUCAUAUAAACUUUCGAUAUUCUCUGCAUUAUUUUCCGAUCUAUAGGGCUCAUUAUAAUGUGAGCUCAAUGCGUUUAGCGUUGUCCGACUGUCCCGGAAGGCAUCAAAAGGUCAUGCAUGCAGCCGGGCCUCUAGCCUGUGCUUUGUACACCCCCAGCACUUGAGCCAGUGUGAUUCCACUAAGUGGAGGCUCGUCCUCCCUCUAGCCUCCGUUUCUCCCCUCUGCCCCCGUCAGCCCCAGAGUUCCCUAUGUUAACCCUCUUGAGCAUGUUUUACUAUAUCUGUCUGCGGCGACGCUCCAGGAGUGGGACUCGAGGCGAGGCUCUGACCAGUCGACGGGCCGUGGAGUCAGGCCAACGGGCGGUGUUGCCGGUCAGUGUGGAGGUGGAGCAGUAUGCAAAGGAGGUUCUGGACUUCAGCUCCCACUAUGGCAGUGAGAAUAGUAUGUCCUACACCAUGUGGAACCUGGCUGGGGUGCCCAACGUGUACCCUAGUUCAGGAGACUUCACCCAGACAGCUGUAUUCAGAGCUUAUGGGACAUGGUGGGAACAGUGUGCCAGCGCUCCACCACCUUUCCGCCGCACCCCUAAAGGCUUCUAUAGCCAGGAUUAUAUUGAGCUGGGCUUUGAGGAGCCUGUCUAUCCUACAACAGUGGAAGUGCUUGAGACUUAUUACCCUGGAGCCAUCGUCCAGAUCUUGGCCUGCUCUCACAACCCCUUCUCACAGAACCCACCUACUGAUGUCAGAUGGGAGGUGCUGUGGUCAGGGGAGCCCACCAAGGUGCUGACACCCCAGGCACGCCAGUUUUCACCCAACAUCAAGCACAUCAGCUUCCCCACCAACCUGCUGCGUCUGGAGGUCAACAGCUCCCUGCUGGAUUACUACACCGAGCUGGAUGCUGUCAUUCUCCGCGGGGUUAAAGAGAGGCCUAUGCUGGCCCUUUAUAAGAUGCCUGUCAUCGACAUUAGUGACCUGAGUGACAGUGAGGAGGAGCUGUCUGAUUUGGGCGGUCCUUUCAGGCAAGGAGGAGAUGGCAAGCACCAGAGGACAGGAAAUGGCUACUUUGACAAGCUGCCCUAUGAGCUCAUCCAGCUGAUACUGAGCCACCUGACCCUGCCAGACCUCUGCCGUCUGGCCCAGAGCUGUAAGCUGCUGCACCAGCACUGCUGCGACCCGCUGCAGUACACCCAGCUGAGUCUGCAGCCCUACUGGGCCCGGCUGAGUGACGCUUCCCUGGGACACCUGCAGAGCCGCUGCACCCUCCUCCAGAGGCUCAACCUGUCCUGGACCGGCAACCGCAGCGCUCUCACCCUGACCGGCUUCAGCAGUUUCAUGAAGGCUUGUGGUCUCAGCUUGGUCUGUCUAGAGCUGUCAUGCUGCCAUUUCCUGAAUGACGCCUGUCUGGAGGUCAUCUCCCAGACUUGUCCAGAGCUGCAAGAGCUCAACCUGUCCUCCUGUGACCGCCUCCACCCGCAGGCCUUCACUCACAUCUCGAAACUAACCCGCCUCCGCAGGCUCGUGCUCUAUAGGACCAAGAUAGAGCAAACAGCUAUUCUGAGCAUCUUGACUUUCUGCAUAGAGCUCAGACACCUCAACCUAGGAAGCUGUGUGAGGAUUGAGGACUAUGACGUUGUGGCCAGUAUGCUAGCUGCUCGCUGUCGCUCACUCUGCUCAGUGGACCUGUGGCGCUGCAGAAACCUGACAGAUCGCGGCCUGGCCGAGCUCGUCUCUGGCUGCAGGAUGCUGGAGGAGUUAGACCUGGGCUGGUGUCCCACACUGCAGAGCAGUACUGGAUGUUUCCAGCACCUUGCCCGCAGCCUGCCACGCCUGCGCAAACUCUUCCUCACCGCCAACCGCACCGUCUGCGACUCAGACAUAGAGGAGCUGGCCGCCAGCUGCCCCUCAUUGCAGCACCUCGACAUACUGGGUACACGGUUGGUGAGUGCUGCCUCGCUGAAGAAACUCCUCAAGUCGUGUCCUCGACUUCUCCUCCUGGACGUCUCCUUCUGCUCCCAGAUAGACAUGCGGGUCGUCCAAGAGCUCUGUGGCCUCUUCCCCAAUGUUGCCAUCAAGAAGAGUUUCACUCAGUGACCCCAGCACUGUUUAAUUCCCCGCUGUCCGGAGGAAGCAAGAGCAGGGAGGUGCUCGCCAGCAAACACUGCCCCAGAGGGAAUGAGAGUCGGUUGAGAUGCUGGAGGAGAUUGCACUUCUGCCUACAUCUGUAUCACAGACAAGAUCUUUUAGUGGUCAGGAAAUAAAGCAGUUGGUCCGGGUGAGGAGGUUCUUUGGAUUAACUGGCUGAACACUACAGAGUCCUAGUUAAUGGAUUAUAGAACAAGAGACUUUUUUUGUUGUAAUUUUUUUUUUUUGGACACUUGAAAUCAGGGUCGUUGCAGUAAAGCUGCUACAUCUUCCCAGAAUAUGAAUCACCACUUAUAUAUUGCCAAGAAACACAAGGCUUAUAAAAUAUGCCUUGCUACUGGAUGCAAGACACACAAACAACCCAACAUUUAUGAGCAAUCCUCCCUCGAACAUCUUAGUAGGACAACAAAAUGGGAUUGAAAAAAAUGUGUGACAUACCCUUAUUGGAUACUGAGAAAAAGUAGUAUUUGGUAGUCACAUACUCAUGUUAGCUGGUAACAUAUUUAAAGAUCAGGGCCUUGGUCAGUGCCUUGUGCAGCAAACAUGGGCUAUUUUAAUGCACAAUGGUGGUUCUGACGGCAUCUGUCAACAUCAAGCCAGCUUGAUCUAAUUAUAAGAAAUCAUACUUGAUGCUGUUGUGUUCAGAGGUAUCAGGUGCGUUGAAGGUGAAACAAAGGAGCAAACGCAGCCUUAUUUCACACACUGCACUGUGUGGAUUGUGCCAACUCGAACCUUAAUGCAAGUAUCACAAGUUAUUUGUUGCCGCAAACUGACUGACAGAGUCACGCAGGAGGGUCUCAUGUUGAUGUGAAACAGCAGCAGCACACCAUCAACUGUCCUUAUACCUGAGAUCCAACAUGUUUUCAUCUAAAAGCAUGUGAGAACUUGUGAAAAAACAAAUUGGAACAAAAUGAGUUUUAAUUUACACAUGCUAUAAGUGGAGAAGUAGAAAAAAAAUCAAAUCAACAGCUGACAGACUGGCUCAUGUGAGAGCAGUGAGAAGUAUAGAAAAGCAGCUAAUCCUCACCUGUGAGAAGCUGAAACCAGUAACUGCUUGACAUUUUGUUUUUGAAAAAAAUUGACUGAAACAAUUUAUUAAGUUACCUAAAGUUUGCAACAAAUCCAUUUCAAAGUUUUCAAUAGCAUUGUUUUAAAUAGUUUUCACCAUAAUUUACAGAUAGAUAUAAUAAUGAUAUAUAAAUCAGAAAAGAGCUUUUAUUGAGAUUGUGGGACAGUAGAUGCCUUCCACACAAGGCUCUUUUCAUGGUUUAGACCUGUAGAGAAAGUCACCAGAUGGAACUUGUCCCAAGAAGGUGUAUUUCUGUUAAAAUCUGCCGUUUAAUGGAAAUUAUUUGUUUUAUAGCUACGUUUUUGGUUAUGUGAGAUUCUUCUGAACACUUUAUCUGGCCCAAGUAAAGCAAAAAAUUAAGGUGAGGUUAAAGCUAAUUAGACUGAUUAAUAAUUGUGUAUGCUGAGGUCAUACAGGUCAUUCAUUUUGUUAGAAUCAUUUUGGCCAUUUUAUUUAUUGGGAGGUUAAGGUGUUGGGCUUUUAGGAUGUGGACACAGCAGUUUUGUCUCCAAAGCUAAAUGAGGAAGUGAAUGUCACUGGUUCCACUUGUUUUUCCUGUUGUUAACAUUAAGCUGUUCGUCUCUGCUGUUUGACUGCAGCACUACUUAUGUACUUACCUACCAAGACGAAGACCUACCGAUGGGGAGGAGUACAGUGAAGCGAGAUGAGAAUGUUAAAAUGACGCAGUGUAAAUAGACUAUGUGAUCUCAGUAUUUGUCCUGAAACUCAGGGGUUAUAUAUUUCAUCUGGUUUUAAUUUUUUUAACAUAUAUUUUACUUCAGAAACCAGCACAACAGGCAUCUUUAUAGACAGCAACACCAGACUGAGUCAGCUUUGAGGUUACCUGCCAUAGGUGCUGUUCCUAAACAACAAAGACACACGACACAAAUGAUCAGUUCGCACUGAAGUAACUGAGACAAAGGAAAAACUAUAGCUUGCUGAGUGUUGAAUGUUGCUGUAGUUGUAUGAUUGUGAAACAUAUAUUCCUGUUCCUAAUUAUUUAAUUUUUGUAACAUAUAAAGCCACAGUUGCAGUGUGGCAGAAGUGCUUGAGAAGCAUUUCUUUUUUUGAAAAAACUUGAAGUUUUCUUUUAAGCACACGCUACUAGUCAAUAUUCGUGCCUUAUACUCCUGUUUGAAUGUGAUGUGAUGUCCAUGUGGUUUAGAUUGUAGUGAAGUGCUUUGCUUUUACGCCCUUCAACCAAAGUUAUACAAAGAAACCUGGUCAUUAGUCCCUCUACUAUAUAUGACCAGUGUAUAUGCCAUAUAUUGUAUAUCAGCCAUGUUAAUUAAUAUGCAAAAUAUUAUUUAUUUAUACUUCCCUGUGUGAUAAAAAUGUUAUUUAAAUUCAUUAUCCUUAUAUACAUAAAGUGAUGUACGUUUCGGGGAAUACAGUGUUUUGUUUUCUUACCCAAAGUCAAAUACGAGGAUCAAUAUGUAUGUCAAUCUUAUUGCAUUCAGUAGGUAUAGCCCAGCUUAGCACAGAGAAUAGAAGGACCAUUUUAGCCUAGCUUAGCAGAGAAAGUGGCAGGACCUCUUGGGUCUAGUUUAGCAUGGAGAAUAGAAGUGCGCCCUAAGCUUAGCUUGCUACAAAGAAUGGAAUCAGGGAAAAAAUGUUAGCUAACUGUAUCAACAGUAAAAAAAAUAAAUAAAUAAAAAUAAAACAAUGCUUCCCAGCUAGACAAGCUACACCUGCAACAGUGACUGUAUGUAGCAUUGCAGAAGUUCAGGUGGUGCAGUGGGGUUGCCACACACACCCUAGUCUGUGUAUAUGUUAGCUUUGACGCUGUUGGAAGCAUAUUUAUUUUCACUUUUAAAGGUGCAGUGCUAACUAGCACUGUAGGCACCACUGUGGUCACUGAAAUCAUGUCCACAGUAUUCGUUCUGCAAAUAGUCAAAUUACACAUCAGUGUUCAGUCAGUCAGUCAGUCAGUAUCUUUGGAUAUCUGUUUUAUGCAAAAAAGUGUAAACGUUGUAGAAGAAGGUAAGAUUAACAGAAAACGCAGCCGAACACUUAAAUUAAUUAAUACUGUAUAAAUGUUAAUUUUUUGGGGGGGGUAAAUUUGAAAUGACUGGAUUUGGUAUUUCUAAAAUCCUCACUAUGGUCUUGACGGUAGCGGUUUCCCUGCUCCUUUGUGCUAAGCUAGGCUAAAGUCCUUACAGAGUUGUACAGGAUGCCUAAUUAUGGGUUGAUGGAAACCCCCAAAAUGCUGGACUGUCCCAUUAGAAUUGUAUUUAUGUUGAAAUUGAUAUUUCUCCAUUUGUUCUCAGUAUCGGUUGUGUCUGAAAAGGAAUGGGUGUUUUAACAGUAAUGUGUUUAUACAGAAGCCCUUUCAUUCAGAUGAUGCAAAUUUUACUUCAGUGAAUGGGAAUCAGAUAAUUGUAGCUGAAAGCAAUUUUAUUAUAGUUGGUUGAGCUGAAGCCAAGAAAUGCAUACAUCACGUUUGCCCGGUCCAAUGACAACAGCAACAAAAUGAAAACACUGACCAUGCACAGAAUACUGUGUACAGCAAUGAUCAGACACAGCAUUUAUUUAAGGCAGACUAUUUAAAAAAAAAAAAAAAAAAAAAAAAAAAAAAGAACACCAUUCUCAGAUGAAGCAGUUUGGUUCAGCACUCUCCAGUGUUUGUGUUGUAUUUGCUCUGAUCGACUGGGACGACCCUGCUUUUCUGUCAUUUAAAAUGCAUUCUCUCUCUUUUUUUCUUUUUUUUUUUCCCCCAGUCUGGAUGUGUGGUCAGCCUUUGUGCCACUGGUAAGGACACGCAGCGAUGCUCCCUGUGCUGCAGUGUGAAAGCAGCUGUUGUGUGAAAAGAUUGUGCCUCUGUCAUGAUGAAACUGGGUGCUUCACUUUCACCAGAUUUCAAAUAAACUGAAGGCUGACGACUGAUACAGAA